AUGCAAAUAAACUCUCAUUUAGUCUGGUUACUAUUAGCAUUUGCUAUUGUUUUAAUUCAUGCACGAAAUGUUCAUUAUGAUUUUAAUGGUCUAUUAAAUGAUGAUGAUUACAAGAACAAUGCACAGGAACGACAAAUGUUUCAUCUCAAUCGUAAAUCACCAUUAUUUGACAAAAGUUUAUCCGAUCCUUUUACAAGCGAAGAAAUUAUUUUAAAUCCACAAGAACGAUCACUAGCUACGGCAAGAAGAGCUCAAGCCAUUGUCAAAGGUGAUCCAAGAGAGUUUAUGGGAUAA